AUGUCGACCACGGUACCUGAAAUCCCCUUGGUUUCGAAGAAGGACAUCGACCGACUAAAGGCCCUUGUUGAGACCCACAAAAAGGUCAUCUCUAAACUCAUAGUCCCCAUCUGCGCCACAGUGAUCGUGAGGGCAGACAUAGCUCUCGAAGCUAUCGUCAAACGACCGACCCAGCCCUCGAAAGAGGAUCUCGAAACGAACGCCAGGAUUAUGGAGCCCAAACCACGUGCCCUGGAGUUAAUCGAGUAUGCCAGCAAGGAGAUAAGAGAGCUUCUCCAAUUCCACAAGGACGAGAUCGAAGAUCACCCACCAUUCAAAGGCUUCGAAGGCUUCACUGAAUUCAAGAUUGAACAGAAAGAAUUUAUAAGCAUGGUCCGACAGUCUGCUCAGGAGAUAUUCGAGAGAUUGAUAGACGUGGAUGAACAGAGUGCACGUCUUCUAAAUGAGAACAACAUAGUCUUUAAUAAUUACCUAUACGGGGACUUCAGUAGUUCAGAGGGGUUUCUGAGUUUGAUAGAGGGGUGGAUUGUUAAUGUAGAUGAACCCGCGCAGCCUGAAUCGUAG